UUACUAUCUUGUAGUUUGUACCUCCAUUAAUUACAAUUUACAAUGCAACAAAUUAUAUUGCUGCAAGUAGAAUAUUGAUGGAGAGGCACCCAUCUAUAGUUUGGACUCCAUGUGCUGCUCAUUGCAUUGACCUCAUGUUGGAGGAUAUUGGAAAAAUCCCAUGGGUCAAGACAUGUGUAGAAAGGGCAAGAAAUGUCUGCAAAUUUGUAUAUAAUCAUUCAUGGGUGUUGGCUCUUAUGAGACAAUACACAGAGCAGAAGGAGUUGCAUCGUCCAGAAAUCACAAGAUUUGCCACAAACUUCCUCACAUUGUAGUCCAUGCUUAGGUCUAUGCCUGCCUUGAGACGUAUGAUUGUUGGUGAGGAGUGGUCUUCCUCAUCCUAUGCUACCACCCCUGCAGGGAUAGAGACGGCAGACUGCAUUUUUGAUGAGCAAGGCUUUUGGGUCCCUUGUGAUGAGAUAGUGAAGUUUGUUAAGCCCUUGGUGGUUUUGUUGCGAGUUGCGGAUGGAGAUAAGCCCGCAAUGGGCUAUAUAUAUGAGGGCAUGGAUAGGGCGAAGGAGGCCAUCAGAUUCGUCUAUGGAGCAGAUGAGAGCAAGUAUGGUCCCAUUUGGGAGAUCAUUGAUAGGAGAUGGCAUCAUCAGCUACAUAGGCCCAUCCAUGCGGUAGCCUAUUAUCUGAAUCCGGCAUUCCGUUUUAUCCCUUCUUUCAAGGCUGAUGCGGAGGUCCUUAAUGGGCUAUAUGCAACCAUGGAGAAGAUGCGACCUGCUGGUACUUCUCAGAUAGACCUUUUUCAAGAGCUACAGAUGUUCUCAGAUGCACAAGGGGAGACCUUCUCUCGUCCUGUCGCCAAAGACGGUAGGACAACUAUGAUGCCAGGUAAAAAUAAAUUGUUAGGCUUAAUUUUAGUUUUAUUCAAUACUAUAUUGUAACUUGUUAAAUGAGUUCAUGAGUGAGACUGAUUUUAUUUAUUUUUCUCAUUUCAAACUCAGAUCAUUGGUGGAACUUUUCUGGCCCAAAGACACCAAAUGUUCAGAAGUUGGCCAUUCGUAUCUUGAGCCAACCAUGCAGCGCAUCAAGUUGUGAGUGCAAUUGGAGUAUGUUUGAGCACAUACACUCCAAGAGGCGCAAUAGAUUAUCUGUGGAGAAGAUGAAUGAUCUCGUCUUUGUUCACUACAACCUCCGCCUGAGAAUGAGAAAGAAUGCAACAGUUGACAUGUCUCCUAUCAUUCUAGAUGAGGUUGAUCUUGAAGCAGAGUGGGCCAAUGAGAAUCAGACAGCUCCUGGGACUCCUACAGCUGUAUUUAGUGAUGAUGACAUUGAUUGGAUCGACCAGGUAGAUAUAGAGGUUGAGGCUGUAGCCAUGGCAGAAGAGGAGCAGAGAGCACGAGCAGAGACAGGAAAUACUGAGACUCAGAGUGACACACCUGUUCUUGAUGUUGGUGAGCAUGACACAGUCGUUCCUGAUGUUGGUGAGCAUGGCAUGGUGUCACGGGGAGCGACUAUGGCUGCUGAAUCAUCCAGGACCUACUUUAAACGCCUUCGCAGGGGGCCAGGGUUGAGAGGGUGCACGGCCCUCUCAGCCAUAGGCUUGUACACUUGUAGUUGUAUUUAGUAUUUACUAUUUACCUUUGGUAUUUGUAUGAAACAUUUGAUGAUGAUCAUAUGAUGACAUGGAUUUUUUAUUCCAUGAGUUUUGUAAUAUUGUAUACAUUUGACAAUAUUUAUAUAUCUAUGUUUCUUAUUUUCUUCAGCUACAAUUUGCAUUUAUGCUUAUGUGAUUGAUGUAUACUUGUGUAUGUAAUCAAAUGAGCCGAGUUUAAUGAUGUUUUU